CAGCCACUCACCGUCACCCAUUGGUACUACUAGCAUCGCCGUAAGAGCGUUGACCCAAAGUUAAGCCAUGGCACAAACUCUGUUCUCUAUAGUCUCUUCCCCUUCCUUCGUUCACCGCGUUUUCUCUCCGAACCUCAACCUCCGAAACGAUUCGUUUUCGGUUCCCAUUUCUCCUCUAACGCAGAGGAGCACCGCUAUUGCUGCUGCAAACGUCGCCGUUUCUCCAAAUGAAGGCACGUCCAUUGAGUCUGUUAGCAAGCUGAUUGAAACGUUGAUUAACGGUGUUGAUUUAUCGGAAGCCGAAGCCGAAGCUUCUCUUGACUUGUUACUGAACGAAGCCAAUGAGACAUUGAUAAGCGCUGUUCUUGUGCUUUUAAGAGCCAAAGGGGAGACUUUUGAAGAAGUUGUGGGGUUUGCGAGGGCUAUGAUAAAUCAUGCUACGAAGGUUGAUGGUUUGGUUGAUGUGGUUGACAUUGUUGGAACCGGAGGGGAUGGUGCUAACACAGUUAACAUUUCAACGGGGGCUUCAAUACUUGCUGCGGCUUGCGGUGCCAAAGUUGCAAAGCAAGGAAACCGUUCUAGUUCUUCUGCGUGUGGAAGUGCUGAUGUGUUAGAAGCUUUGGGAGUGGUUAUUGACUUAGGCCCUCAGGGGGUAAAAAAGUGUGUGAAUGAAGCAGGAAUUGGGUUUAUGAUGUCUCCAAAGUAUCACCCAGCAAUGAAGAUUGUCAGGCCUGUAAGAAAGAAGCUAAAAAUAAAAACUGUAUUCAAUAUAUUGGGUCCCAUGUUAAAUCCAGCUCAGGCACCUUUUGCAGUUGUUGGAGUAUACACAGAAGACUUGGUCUUCAAAAUGGCUAAAGCACUUAAAAGAUUUGGCAUGAAAAGAGCUUUAGUUGUCCACUCUGAAGGUUUGGAUGAGAUAAGUCCUCUUGGACCAGGUAUAGUGCUUGAUGUUACUCCAGAAAGGAUUGAUAAGUUCUCAUUCGAUCCCUUGGAGUUCGGCAUUCCUCGGUGUAAUCUUGAAAGCUUAAAAGGUGGUGACCCAGAAUACAAUGCAGGGGUUCUGAAGCGUGUUCUAGGUGGAGAGAGUGGGCCCAUUGCCGAUUCUUUUGUUUUAAAUGCGGCAGCAGCUCUCAUGGUCAGUGGCCAUGUAAGGAACCUAGCUGAAGGGGUGUCUUUGGCGCGUGAAACACAACAAUCUGGAAAGGCUCUCAAGACUCUCAACUUGUGGAAGGAUAUCUCACAUAAAAUAAAAGAUGAUGCGGCAAUGGAACAUGCCUGAGUCAUUUUAUGUGAUUCAGGUUUGAGUUUUGUAAACUUGAUUACUGGAUUUAAACGGGGAGUAGCCAGGAAGGGCUCAAACUGUACAUUGCUGAAGAGAUGUACAAAAGUAAUGUAAUUUAAUCAGUUAAAACUAUUUAUCCAUCUGUAAUUCUGUACUGUGCAAAAAGGUUUUAGAAUAGGAAAGAAAGUUAGUAGGUUGUUUUUGUUAAGAAAAAGUGUGGCAUAGGAAAUGGAAUCUCUAUUUAUUUUUUUUAAUGAACUUCGAGAUGUGAUAUUAGAUUUUCAUGAACAAGAUGCGAGGUUAAUAAUGAAUUCUGAAACAGCUCUUGCCUUGAUCUAG